GUUCAUGACUUGAUUCCAAACGGCGACGUUUGAUAGAUGGGUUAAAAGUCCACUUUGCCCCCAAAAAUAUAUUUCAAGCCUAAACAUUUCUGCGUGAUGUGGCAAAUGCCGUUUAAAUUGUGUGCCACGUGGCUGCCUUUCAUUAGCGAGAUUUCGAAAAAAAAUUAAAAAUUACUCCAAUAAUAAUAGGAUUAAACUCCAAUUUUUCCCAGCUGAGAACCAGAGUCACGCCUUCAGCAUUUCCGUUUUCCCGCCUGUUCCCGAAACUUCUCUGAAUCUCUUCAUCUCUUUCAAUUUUCUCCGAUCUAAUUCCGAAGUUACUCUGGUUUUUUCUUCUUAUUCUGAAUCGCACAGCAUAAACGGAUAAAAUUGCAGCUACUUUAAGAAAUCAGAAACUUCGUUUCAUUCGGUGAAAAAAAAUCAGACCGGUACCAGAUUUUUGAGAAAUCAGUGGAGCUAGCAAAUGACGACGGUGAAAUCCAGAACAGAUGCGAUGGAUUCUGACAACAAUUCAGUAGGUACUCAGGUCAGUAGUCAGAUUCAGAUGUACCUGAAACAUAAUCAUGACGAUUGCUUAGCAAGUGCUGUAGAGGUUUUUGCUACAGCAUUAGGUUUUGUGAUAAACAAUCCGAAUUUAGUUACUAGCAAAAAAUCGGCUGAGAUUUUGAGGGAUGAUGGAUCGGAAUCAUACUUGCUAUUGAAGAGUGUUGAAACUCAGAUCAACACGAAUCUGCGAAGAGUAACCGAUCUCAGUCAACUGAAAACUAAGCAGCUGGAAACUCGACUUCAAGGUAUGUUCAUAAGCUGCUCCAUUUAUAGACUGCAAUUAUUGAAUAUUUUUUUAGAAGAAAACUCUCUGUAAUUCAAUUAUUUCUUCCUAGAAUUGUGAGCACUUGACGUACAAUAUAUCGGACCACUUCCAUAUCUUCGAGUAAAUAAGUUGAAAUUAGAUGUGCGGUGCAUAUUUCAUAAGGAGAUAAAUGGAUAGGAAAACACAGAAUGGGAGAGGCUUAUGGUUUUCUGUAUUAGGAUGAAAGUGAAAUCGAGGCACGAGGAAUCUGAGGUGGAAUUAAUUUUGCACUUUUUUUUUUCUUCUAAAACAUACACAGCAAGGGUCAACCAAACUCCAAUUGAACUAUUCCUACGGAAUCUCUUCUCUGAUAAUUUCUAGAAAUUUAGCUUGAUAAUAAUAAUCUUUUCGGGCCAAUCUAUACUAUUUUACAAUAUACCUUUUUAAAAAUUGUUGGAAACAUAACGAGGCUUCAUUUAUUCGUCUAGAAACUUACAUUUUCCAGUUCACUAUCAAUAUAUAAAUAGUAUAUGUUUUUAUUUUAUUUUUAACUUCCUUUAUAGGAUUAUGAAUUAUUGGUUUGGUUUACUUUAUGUUUAUUUCUGAUUUGAAAUAAAUUACAAUUGCAAAUUAGAUUUGCUGUGGGAAACGCCUUUCGGUCUGCAAUAUGCUAGCAUGAAUAUGUACAACCUUUUCUGACUGUGCCUUAGGACUUAGGAGGCUAUUUACAUUAGGUUCUCUGGGUUGGUGAGUGCUUGAUGAACAUGUGGGUAACUUUCUCAAUCGGAUUUCUACUGUCUACAGAGCAUAUAAAAUAGCAUAAUAAGAAGUAUUAUUGUUUUAAUUGCCGCAUUGAAGUAUUGCUCUUGAGUUGAAUAAGAUAACCGUUGCACAUAUCAAAUAUACUAACUUAGCUGCAUUGAAGUAUUACUCUUGAGUUGAAUAAGA